AUGAGUAGCAUAAGUCCAGCGUGUCAAACAUUAAAAGAUGAAUAUGAUGCAUGUUUUAAUUCAUGGUUUAGUGAACAUUAUUUAAAAGGUGAUACAACAGCUGAUAUGUGUACAAAUCUUUUCAAAAAAUAUCAAGCUUGUAUUAAAGAAGCAAUUAAAGAACAUAAAAUAACAUUAUGGGAACUUGAAAAUGAACCAACAACAAAAAAAAAUUAA